AUGCCUGCCUUCACUCUCCCCAGCGGGGCCGUCUUUAGCUACACCAACGGCGGGAUUCCCUCGUCCAACAAGACUAAUUAUGUUACGCUGUGGUCUGGACUACAUCUCGAGUAUGAACUGCGACGUCCAGGGACCUUCCAGUCUUUGGCUGUUCUCGAGCUCUCCAAUGGCGUUCGCGUCAUCGCCCCGAAUCGCCGAGAAUACGACGGGUCAACUCCGCACCCGGAUGAGCUCGAUUUGCUCAUGAACGGGGGCGAAGCGGAGAAGGAGGCAUUCAUUGUGGAAAUGGGUCGGGACUUGGCGCUGUUGAUCGCGGGGCUUGUCACAUCGCUUGCUCUCCCAGGAGGAGUGGCUGCGGCUGGAUGGUCGCUGGGGUCUCUGGCCCUCAUGGCCGUCGUCGCCGCUAUCCUCUAUCAGCUGCCCACCGUCGUGUUUGGUAUCCCGGACCCGGAAGGGAUGUCCUCAAGUCCGAACCCGAAGUCCCUCGAGCCAAGAUGGGGCCUUACUUAGCGCGUUGGUUGUCGAACUUCUUCGUGCACGGUGAACUGUCGACACACGAUCUACAAAAUCUGACGUGCUCCCGCACUGACCCGAAUCGGCCCCCAACCAUCGAGACCAUCCCAAUGGACGGUACAUUAGACUUGACAGCGGGCGUCAAGGCCAACGCGAUGCUCGUUUCUCCCAGUUUCGCCGCUGCUACGACAAAAUUGGUCGAUAAAGCGCUGUUGGACACACGUGCGCAGCCAGCUGUGGAAAGAAUAGCAAGUACUAUCUUGUGAUUUGCUCCAUGGAUGGCUGAACUCGAUCUACGCCGGGUGGAAGAUUGAAGAGCGGAUGUUUGUAGAGACAAAGCCGGAGUGCGAGAUCACCUUUGAAUUAGUGGACGGCGCCAAUUAUUUCUUCGUCAUGGAGGAGCCACUUGAUUGUUUCAAGCAAUGGUUUGGUCAUUGACCUACCUUCCUUUAUUCUAUCGGAUCGCGGAGAGAACGCCCUCCCUCGAGCUCCAGUUAGGAGAGCGAUGCUCCCCUCCUCUGAUGCAAUUACUUUACUUCAUGGUUGAUGAUAGAAAUACUAACUAUCUGGAACAUUGGCCUCGGC